UCAUAGCACGGUAGCUUUCCUAAUUCCACGAUCCGAUCAAACCCUAAUUAUGACGAGUUUUAUCCUCAACAGCGUCAAUUUCCUGACCUUUUCUUGCCAAAAGCCCCGGGCUCAGAUCAAAAAUUCUAUUCCUUUUCGAAAAUCAUUACACCCUAUAAACCCUAAUUUCGCUCGGCAAAUCAAUGCCGACACAAAUUCAAGCGGGAGGCGCUGAUCUCGAUCCCAGCCUGGUGCAGACCGCCAUUCGGAUCGUCCAGUCAUCGCCGCCUACGUGGUCGUCGGCCUUCCUGAGCAAUGUCUUAAUAUUCAUUCUGGGCUUUCCGAUUCUCGUUCCCGGCCUGACGCUCCCCGGUAUUGCUGCGGCCUUUCUUCUCGGCAUCCUUACUUGGCGCGCCUUUGGUUCAUCUGGAUUCCUUCUCGUGGCUACAUACUUUGUCGCUGGUACCGCAGCAACGAAAGUAAAGAUGAAGCAAAAGGAGGUACAAGGGAUUGCUGAGAAAAGGAAAGGUAGGAGGGGACCUGCAAGUGUUAUCGGAUCAAGUGCUGCAGGUUGCAUCUGUGCUUUUUUCUUGAUAAAUGGUAUUGGCGGGCAUGCUUUUGCUCACCUUUGGGAACUCGGUUUUCUGGCCAGUUUCUGCACUAAACUGAGCGACACUGUUUCGAGUGAGAUAGGGAAGGCGUAUGGAAAAACAACUUACCUAGUGACAACCCUAAAGAAAGUCCCGAGAGGAACAGAUGGUGCAAUUAGCAUUGAGGGAACCUUUGCCGGCCUUUUAGCUUCAGUUGUUCUCGCUUUUGUGGCCUUUCUAAUGGGCGAGAUAUCAGGCCCCGAAGCAUGCAUAUGUGUGAUUGCCUCUCAGAUUGCAAAUUUUGGAGAGAGCAUCAUUGGCGCCUCGUUCCAAGACAGAGAAGGAUUUAGAUGGCUCAACAACGAUGUCGUCAAUAUUAUCAACAUAUCAACCGGGAGCAUCUUGGCAGUUCUUAUGCGACGACUGCUACUAUUGCAGGAAUUGACAUCAUAAACUGGUAAAAAGAAUUAAGCAUACGCCGGUGAACAUAGAUUUUGUGCUGUGUAAAUUUAUUUACUUAUAGGAAGACCACUGAAAAACAACGACUUGGAAUUACCUGAUGGUACUGUAUAAUGAAUUGAUGAAGGUAGCUUACACGUGAAAUGGUUUGGAAUUCAUCAAAUUUUACUUGGAAUUCUAUAUGUACCAUUUCCAGCAAUUUGGAAUAGUCAGUCGCUUCUCAAUCUGUUUUUGAAAA